CUCCAAAUACACGCAGUUAGUUUCCAACACUCCUUUGCAAAACUUCGGGUUCCAAUUUUGUCUCCUUCGCCUAGACAGCAAGAAAUCCAGUAAGUUAACAAGUUAGUGUACUAGUUAACAACUAGUUAAACUCAGGGUCAGCUUGAAGUCAGAAGCAGGAUUUGAACUCGUUUUCCCCAGAAUUUGAGACAUUACACCACUCAUCGUGAGAUCACAGAUUUAGACACGGAAGGCAUUCGCCCAUUUUACAGAGGAGGAAACUGAGGCCCCUACAGAGGUGGAAAAAUGCUGCCGGAGGGGGGGGAGUGGGAGUGGGGGGGGGGCAGUGGCGUAGGAGCAGCAGGAGGAAGAGCGGGGGAGGAGAAGCUAAGGAGGAGGAGUUGUAGACUUCUGCAGGCAUGCUGGGAGCGGCCCUCGUCCCGCGAGGGAUGCUGGGAGUUGUAGUCCCGAGCCCUCUGCCGGGCGAUUCGUGUCAUGGCUGCCAGCAUCGAGGUCCUGUACUUCUUGUCCAGCCCGUGGACACAAAGUUUCUGAGCUGGGGUGACUGGGGACGUGAACUCCUAUGUCCUGAGAUAGAGCGCUCCGGCCACAUGAAUUCCUGAGCCUCCCGCUGCCUCAUAACCGUGAGCAGACCGUGCUUCACCAUGGCUUCGAGUGCCGAGGGUCAGCUGCACAGGAUCAUCCGAGAUUUGCAAGAUGCUGUGGUAGAACUGAGCAAGGAAUUUAAGGAUAUCGGGGAGCCCAUUACAGACGACAGUACCAACCUGCACAAGUUUUCCUACAAGCUCGAAUAUCUUCUACAGUUUGACCAAAAGGAGAAGGCCACUCUUCUAGGGAACAGGAAAGACUAUUGGGACUACUUCUGUGACUGUUUGGCUAAGGUGAAAGGGGCCAAUGAUGGGAUUCGCUUCGUUAAGUCCAUUUCAGAGCUGCGAACGUCUCUUGGGAAGGGCAGGGCUUUCAUACGCUAUUCUCUAGUGCAUCAGAGACUGGCAGACACCUUGCAGCAAUGUCUCAUGAAUACCAAAGUGACCAGCGAUUGGUACUAUGCAAGAAGCCCAUUCUUGAAGCCCAAAAUGAGCUCUGACAUUAUUGGUCAACUGUAUGAGCUUACAGAGGUCCAGUUUGACCUGGCAUCCCGAGGUUAUGAUUUGGACGCCGGUUGGCCAACGUUUGCCAGGAGGACUCUGGCCUCCCUUGGCUCUUCAGCGUACAUGUGGAAACCCCCAAGUCGGAGUUCAAGCAUGAGCAGUCUAGUGAGCAGUUAUCUGCAGACCCAAGACUUGGCAUCCAGCUUCGAUGUGAACAGCUCCAUGAACACGGAGGCCCUGGAAGGGUUUGAUGAGAUGCGUGUGGAGCUGGACCAUUUGGAGAUAAGGGAGAAGGAGCUACAAGAUCGCUUGCAGCAGUUAGAGAGGGAGAACCAGGAGCUGAGGAAGGCCACAAGCCUCCAGGAAGAGCAAGUGCAAGCCGAGCGGGAGAAGGGAAGAGCCCUGACGGAGGAGAACGCCCGGCUGGUCCAAAGGGUGACCGAGCUCCAGAAGGAGUGUCAGGUCUCCCAGUCAGCUCAGAGCACCAUGCAGGAGCUGCAGAAGUGCCUGAAGACCUUGGAGCUGGGCACAGCUGAAAACAAAAGGGAAUACCACUCCACCCUGAAACAUCUGGAGGCAAAGUUACAGCCCCUGGUGCAGCAGCUGGAGACGGCCUGGGCUGCCGUCACCACGAAAGAUCAGUGCAUUGCUGAACUCCGGGCCAAGCUGGCCGUGGCGGAGCGGAGGAGCCUGGAGCUGGCGGCAGAAGGAGGCGCGGCGAGCGGGGAGGGGGGCCAGCGGGCCCCCGAUCAGGCCAUCUUCUCUCAGGACCUCCAGGAGCUCGUGGAAAAGCAGGUGGUUGAGCUGGAGAGGCUGACCAGAGAGUUACACCAGAAAGAGCAGGCCCGGGGAGAGCUCGAGUCUAAAAUCCACGUUUUGGCCACGAGCUCCCGAGACGAGAACAAGAAGCUGCUCAGUGACCUGGAGGGGAUGGUCAAGGAGAUGGAGCCUCUGCGGGAAGAGCUGGUGUUGAAAGGGAAGGAGGUGACUGAGCUCCAGCUCCGGCUCAAGGACUCCCUCGCGAGCUCCAAAUCACUGGAAAAGGAGCUGGAAGAGCUCAGGAAAGGCGAGCGGCUCCGCCGAGACGAGCACAGCCAGGAGAAGGAGCUGCUGGAGCAGGAGGCCAGGUCCCUGACCAAGCAGCUGCAGCUCCUCGAAGCCCAGCUGUCCCAGGCAAACCAGCACGCCAGCGACCUGGAGGAGCAGCGCAAGCAGCUGCUGGGCGACCGGGACCGUCUGCAGCAGAGGGUCGGGGAGCUGGAGUAUCUGCUGGGCCAGCCCGGGGCCGCCAGGGAGAAGGCCCAGGAGCUGAGCUCAGGGGACUCCCAGCCACCACCGCCGGCCAGAAAGAGCCCGGAAGGGCCGCCGCCGCAGGGCCAGAGCGGAGAGGAGGAGGACGGGGGCCGCGAGCGGGACGAGGAGCUUCAGAGCGCCCUCCACAGGAACCAGAUCCUCGAGGACAAGCUCAAGGCCCUGCAGGUGGACUACGAAGACCUCCGGCAGCGUGAGGCGGCCAUCAAGGGCUCCCUGGCUUCCCUGGAGGCGGAGCAGGCCAGCAUCCGCCACAUUGGGGACCAGAUGGAGAAGAGCCUCCUGGCUGUGAAGAAGGCCAAGGAGACCAUGAAGGCCCAGGUGGCGGAGAAAGAGGCGGCCAUCCAGAGUAAGGAGGCCGAGUGCCGGCAGCUGCGGGCCGAGGUGGAGAGGUACCAGAGGCAGGCCGGGGCCCAGGAGGAGGGGGAGAAGGCCCUCCGGAGCACGGGGCAGACCCAGCCGGCGGGCGGCCUCGGCUCGGACCAGGGGCUGCUGGAGCAAAGCCCGGACCGGGAGGCCCAGGAGCUGGCUUCCCGUCUGGCGCUGACGCAGGGGCAGUUGGAGGUCCACCAGGACAUGGCCGAGAGGGCGCUGGAGGAGGUGGCCGAGCUCCGCAGCAAGCUACAGAGGGCCCAGGAGGGCCAGGAGCAGGCCCAGAGCCAGCUGCAGGUGGCCGAGGCCCUUCUGGAGGAGAACCGGAGCCUGGUCCAGCAGCUGAAGGAGCAGAACGAGAGCCUCAACAGGACGCACGUGCAGGAGCUGCUGCAGUGCACGGAGAAGGAGCGCGCGCUGAGGGAGGAGAAGGACGGAGAGAGCCGGCACAGGGCCGAGCAGGAGAGGCAGCUCCAGGAGGAGCUGGCCCGGGCCAAGCAGGACGCCGAGCUGGCGCAGCUGGAGCACGCCGAGGUGCAGGAGCAGCUGCACCGCGCCAACACGGACAUGGCCGAGCUGGGCAUUCAGGUCUGCGCCCUGACGGCCGAGAAGGCGCAGGUGCAGGAGCAGCUGGCCCAGGCCGCCCGCAGGCUCGCCGAGCUGGAAGAGAGCGCCUCCAGAGAGCGGGAGGGCCUCCGCAGGGACGUGGAGGGGCUCCGGCAGGAAAGGGAGAGCCUGCGGGAGAAGCUGGCGGCGGCCCAGGAGAGCGCCCGCGCGCUGCCCUCCCUGCAGCAGCAGCUGAGCCUGGCCGAGAAGCAAGCCCAGAGCCUGCGGGAGGCUGGCCAGGGAGAGCUCGCCACGGUCAAGUUCCAGAUGAGUACGGAGAUCAUGAGCUAUCAAGCCAAGCUCAAGGCAGUGACCGAAGAAUGUAAGACUCUCAAGGAUCAGUUGGAAGAAAAAGACGGACGGCUAAGGGCGGCCGAAGAGGAGACUGCAAAGCUGAAGGCCAGAAAAGUGGGUUUGGGGAAGGAAUUGGAGCACUCAGCGGAACAACUGGCCACGUCCCAAGCAGCAGUCACAACAAAAGAAGAGGAAGUCGCAGCCCUGAAUGCCCAUUUGGAAAGGACACAAAAGGAACUUGAGAAAUCAGAUGCAAAGGUCCAAGAAUAUUUGGACAAGCUCAACCAGGAGGUGGCGGAUCGAGAAAAAAAUGAACAGCAGAUGCUGGCCAAUCUGGACGAUCUGAACAAAACCAAGAAGUACCUUGAGGAACGGCUAAUAGAACUUCUCAGAGACAAGGAUGCUCUGUGGCAAAAAUCUGACGCACUGGAAUUCCAGCAAAAACUGAGUGCAGAAGAACGAUGGCUUGGAGACACAGAGGUGAAUCAUUGCUUGGACUGUAAGAGAGAGUUUAGUUGGAUGACCCGGCGGCACCACUGCAGGAUCUGCGGUCGCAUUUUCUGUUAUUAUUGCUGCAACAACUACAUUAUGACCAAGCACAGUGGCAAGAAGGAGCGCUGCUGCCGGGCCUGCUUCAGGAAGUACACGGAAGGGGCCAGCUCCCCAGACAGCUCCGGCUCCGUAACCUCCCAGGGAGAGCCGUCUUCCUCUCCAUCCAAGUCGGCCAGCGAUCAGAUCGCUGGAGGCCGAGGUCAGGGCGCCCCGGACUCCCGACCCCCAGACGAUGCCGUGUUUGACAUCAUCACCGAUGAAGAGCUGUGCCAGAUACAGGAGUCUGGCUCGCUCCCCGAAACCCCCACUGAGUCGGACUCACUCUACCAAAGCGUGGCUGAACAGGACAGCACCUCCAACUCUCUAACACCUGAUGACUCUGAAGAUAUACCCAUGGGCCAGGAUGCAGAAAUCUGCUUGCUGAAGUCUGGAGAGCUGAUGAUAAAAUUACCCCUCACAGUGGAUGAGAUCUUAAACUUCGGGGAAGGCAACAGAGAGCUGUUCGUCAGAUCCAACACCUAUAGCAUCAUCCCGAUCACCGUGACCGAGACCGGGCUCACGAUCAGCUGGGUCUUUUCCUCUGAUCCCAAAAGCAUCUCGUUCAGUGUUGUCUUUCAAGAGUCUGAGCAUGCUGCUCUGGAUCAGUGUAAGGUUCUAAUUCCCAUGACUCGUUGCAAUUCCCACCGGGAAAACAUCAAAGGCCAGCUGAAAGUCAGGAACCCAGGGAUUUACAUCUUGAUAUUCGACAACACUUUCUCAAGGUUCAUCUCCAAAAAAGUCUUUUAUCACCUGACAGUUGACUCGCCUGUGAUCUACGAUGGGAGCGAUUUCCCAUAGAUUUAAAACUCAUGAUCUUAACUGCUUUAUUUUAUCCAUGGGAAACACUACUCUUAUUUAUAUCUCACACAAACACUAAAGAAAAGAAAAAGCCUCACAGCCUCUGGACCGCACAAUUCUAAAGAGGGAGCAUCUUGGGCAUCCUCCCUGGAAGCCUCAGCUGUCCAGGAACUCUGCUCUGUACCACAUACAGAUGGUUGUCGCCUUCUACAGCUUCCUGCAGCCCAGGGUAUCUCAGUAUUUAGAGACCUCAGUCACAGCCCUUUGGGGCUUAAGAUUAACAACCAAAGAACGUGGAUUUCCCAGAGGCAUGCAUUUCAAUUUGCAGCACUUGGAUACUUAAAGGAGAUGGUCUCUUCUCUAGGCAGCUGUUUUUUUUAUACCUGCUGUUGUUUGUAUCCAAGAAAUCAGGAGGGCACCUAAAAAACCAGGGCAGGGAGGGAUUCCUGGGGUGAGGCGGGACAAAUCAGCCGAGCUGUUGGAGUGGGGCAAAGAGAGAGAUGCUGUCUGUGGCAGUGACCAGCGGUAGUUCGUGGCUGUCACCAGCCUCAGCUGUAGAUCAGUAUGUCUUUUCUAGCUCCUUUUCAACACCAGCUAAUUCUCAAGGAAGUAAAUCAAAACAAUUGUUGCGAGAUAGAAAGGUCAGUCCACCUCAGCAGCCAUUUAUUAAACACCAGCAGUGGGCAAGGCUUGUUGGGUGCUAAGAAUACAGAGACAAAAAGGGAACAGUCCCUGCCUUCAAGUGACUUCUGAUCUGAUGUUCACGAGGAGACCAUGAAAGGCGAGACUUCGGAAUCCUUGUCUUCAACCCAGGUUCCUUCUUGUUCCCAUUUGUCUCCAAGACUGGACUUGUCAGCAGUUCAAUUUAGUCCCUUGGGGACCUGUCCCUACUGACCCCCUUCCCAAACCUCUCUUCUGGUGUCUAGUAUCCUCAGAUAACCAACUGACUGCACAAUCGGCCCUUGAAUCUCAGUCUCCUAAACUCCAUUACGGACACUGUCACCGUUAUAAGUGAUGAUUGUGAAGACAAACAGAUGAUCUGACUGUUGGAGCUGGAGUCCCAAUCAGAGGCUAUUCUCUCACACACCUGCUGAUGUCUGUGAUGGAAAAGAAAAAAGAACUAAGUCUUAUUUGAUGGGACAUUAUGCAUCCCUCCUUCUGGCUAGUGUUUUUGGAGGGCCCAGGAAGACCUUUUUGCCUUUGGAGAUUUUGAUCCCCAAAUUUUUUUUAACUGAAACUGGCUCCCUGAUACCAAAUGCAAACAUGUUUAUGGAAAUAUAAACACAUUUUACAUUUACUGAGGACUAUAGCCAAAGCAUAGUUUUGAUUCUAAAAGCAAUUUUUUAAAGAGUAUAUCUUUGAGAACACAAGUAUAAACAUCAGUAUAAUUCAUGUGUUUCCUACAUUUUUAUUCCUUGGUUUACUCUUUAGCCCUGAUACAUAUAUACAUACCUAAACCACAUAUGUAUAUAUAUGUGUGGUAUAUGAUUUGCAAAGCCACAUUUUUUCCUUGUUGUCCCCAUCUCAUGCCUUUUAAAGAACUCCUUUUAUACCACAGACUUCUUCCUUCUCAAGGAAAAUGAUUGUAUCCUCUUCCCAAACAUCGGAUGUCAUCUUUGCUUAUGUCCUUUUCUCUCUAUGCUUCCUGAACCGACUUUACCAAGGUCAGUCGUCCCUCAGACUUCCUAAUCUGAGGUGUUCCUGAAAGAAGCAAUCCUUUGAUCCUAAGAGAAAGUGCAAUGGAGCAAGUGAUGGACUGAAGGCACAGAGUGGACAACAUCUGAUGGAGACUACCCCUCAUGUGCUGUACAGCCUUGGAUAUGUCACUUCACUCCCAUAUCACCCGUAAAAUAUAAAUAAGGACUUCAGGCUAGAAUACAUUAGAUUCAUGAGCAACUGUGUCAUGGAUCCCUCUGGCUAUGGGCUGAAACCUAUGGAUCUCUUUUUAGGUUAAUUUUUAAAGCCAAAAAUAAAGUACACAGACUUACAAAGGAAACCAAUUGUAUUGAGUUAUCAAAAUAGUAAUCAAGUUCAUGGAUCCCAGAUAAAAAGCCUCUGUGCUAAAUCCUCUCGAAGGUCCCUUUCAAUUCUAAUAUUCUGCGAUUCUAAGUACAGGUGAGAAGGAUAAGUGAGACCAUGUUCAGUACAUGAUACAAGGGCCACUAUAAUACCAACAAUGUAGGAACCUUAUUUGGGGCAAAGAGAUGAAGUAAAAUAGACAUGGAAAGGAAGAACCUUGGAUGUAAAGGGAAGCUGUUGAUUUUCAAUAGAAGAGAAUCGGGCAUUUGUAAUCAGGGAAGGAGAGUGUCAUGAAUGAUGAACGGUGUCUGCCUUCUCGUUAAGAGGCUUGUCUCCUACCUCCUGCCCUUGAAUCAAGCUACAUGAGCAGAAAGCCAACUGUUUCAUCCUCUCAGCCAGGAAAGGAGUAAGAGCUGACUCCUUCAUUCUAGAGUCUGGGAAAGUGAGAGGAGAAGGAGGGGUACCUGAAAGAUGUAUGAGAUGGGAAUGAAAUUUGGAAAAGAGUCAGCAUAGUGGGGCCAAGUCCCAGAUCUGUUUUCAGUGAAGAUUCAUCUCCAAAAAUCUAAUCGGGAAGAGAUUAUUCAAGGCAAGAAGUUGCCUGUUUUGGAAACAUUUCAUUACUGUUCACCUUCUGUCAGAGAAUGGGAAGAGAAAAAAAAUGGAUGUGAGAUAGAUCUUCAAACCAGCUCGCAGAAAAGGAUGCUCAGAGAAGACAUAUCAAACUCUUGGUCUGGUGGUGAUGUGGGUCAUCCUCCUCCAUUGCCAUGAAGAAUCAAGGGUUGGCUGCAUUUCUAAGAAAAUUAAACUUUGAUUUUUCUCUUUGGGGCCCACUUUUAUCCAGGACUAGUACCAUUUCGGGAUCCUCAGCUGGUCGGCCUGUCACCCUAACUGAUGACACUGUCUUGAUUAUCAACAUCACUACAAGGAAUUGAUUAGGGAUUGGAAUAUUUCUUUUCGAAUUGAGGUUCAUUAUGUUGUGCUGUCAUAGAUGGCCUGUUAUAGACUGGGGGGUGGGAGGGACAAAAACCAAACAAUUCGUUGCUUCUUAGGAAGCCAAUCACUGAAGUCAUACUGAAGAAGGAGAUACCUUCUUAGGAUAUGUGGAUUUUUGACUCUUUUCAUAAAUGGGCAAUCAGAUUGAAAAAUGAAUGGCACUUUAUUGUAUUCAGAGGGCUGCCCAAAUCAUGUCAUGUUCACUUCACUAACUAUAAUUAUAGCUGCAUAUUUAUUUUUUUGUGCUAGACACAUCGUGUGCUUUUAAUGAGGCUGUUAUCAGAGGUUAGCUCUUUAAUAGAUUCCUGUCUAUGCAAUGACUAUGCAAUGACAACUCUUUCAUCUAAGUAUGGCUUUAAACUGCGUCACUUUAAUUUACAGUUAGAUUGCCAGUUUCUCUAGGUGUGGUGAGUUUUGGUUUUUGUUAUAUAACUAAGAACUGUUGAAUAUUAAAGCUCCGGCUGUGACCCAUCAACUAAAAUUAUCCAACAGAAAGCAUUCUGGGAAUUUCAGAUUACAAUUUCAAAAGAAGAGUAGCCUUUGAUGGCAAAGCAUCCAGGAGAAAGAUAUUUUUGUAUUUGGAUGUCCACUUCCCUGAAGCCAUUAGAUAAACUUCACAACUCCAAAAACCUGGCCAAAUUUAUGCACCCAUAUUCUGGCAUAAAACAGUUGGUUGAAAAAAUUGUCUCUAUCUAAAUAUAUGCUUGAGAAAGCACUUUAUGAUUAUGGCAUUUGGGAUUCAGAAAGAUUGGAUUAAGCAAAACCUCACCCUGACUUUAUCCAUUCUUAUCUAGAUGCCUGAGAACUAAUCAGUCAUUAAGGUUUUAAAAAUGGAAAAGAGCAUAAUGUGUGAAUAUAAAAUAAUUGCUCUAUUUCACUGUUUCCAAUGGGGUUCUUCCAAAAGGCAGGGAAAAUUAAAUUCACCACCCGUUGUUUGGUCUUUUAAUAAUUAUUUAAAAGAAAACAAAAGGGUAGUGGAUGGUUACAUAUGUGAAAGGUUAACCAAGGCCAGGCCGAGCCACACGUUAUUGAAAGGGGCACGUGGACCUUCGGCGACACUGGAGAGCAGACACCCAGGCCUUGGAAUCCCUGCCUUGAAAGCUGGAAUUCUAGACCAAUCUUCGGUGGAUCCGGCCGCCUCCUGUGUCUUGUUUGGACUCCUGAUUCAGUGGCAUUUGCCAAAGAAUUGCCCGAGAACAGCCUGACGCCAGCCCAACUCCUGGGAGUGGGAUGAGAGACUUUUGUCAUUGAAGUAUAUUCACUUGUUAGCGAUGCAUACACCAUGCCAUAAGGGGCACUUCAUGCUUUUUGCCUUUUGGUUUUGAUCUCAGGAAUUAAAAGGAAAAAAAUGUCA